UUAUAAUACUCCGUGCACGUCUUCUCUUUCUUUUUCUCUUUUACAUUUUUCACUUCAUCUCUCUCUCUACACCUCUCCUUCACCUCUCUUUCUAGUCCUACAUCCCCUUUUCUCCCACUAUCUUUACACAUUCUCACAAAAUGGGCGCCGCCGACAGAAUUUCCCAGAUUGGAGGCCAGAUCUCCGGCAACCCUACCGCCGGUGGCCGCGACAAGAUUCUCGAGAAGCGACCUGACGAUGUCGUCGUCACUGCCGCCUGCCGCAGCGCCUUCACCAAGGGCGGCAAGGGUGGCUUCAAGGACACCCCCGCCGCCGACAUCCUGGCCGGCGUCCUCAAGGCCAUCAUCGACCGCUCCAAGAUCAACCCUGCGCUCGUCGAGGACAUCGCCGUCGGCAACGUGCUUGCGCCGGGUGCCGGUGCCACUGAGUUCCGCGCCGCCGCUUUUGUCGCCGGCUUCUCAGAGGAGACUGCCGUGCGGGCGCUCAACAGACAGUGCUCGUCUGGCCUGCAGGCCUGCGUCGACGUGGCGAACCAGAUCAAGUCGGGCAUGAUUGACAUUGGUAUUGGUGCUGGUGUGGAGAGCAUGAGCUUGAACUAUGGCCCCGGCGCCGUGUCCGAACUCUCCGACGACUUCGCAAAGGUCAAGAAGGCUGCCGACUGCAAGGUCCCCAUGGGUGUUCUCUCCGAGGCCAUGGCUGUGGAUCUCGGCAUCACCCGUGAGUCCCAGGAUGCCUUCGCCGCCGCUUCAUACCAGAAGGCCAUCAAGGCCCAGAAGGAGGGCCUCUUCAACGACGAGAUCGUUCCCCUCAAGGUCCGUGUCCAGGACCCCAAGACGGAGGAGUGGAAGGAGGUCGUCGUCGACCGCGAUGACGGCGUCCGUGACGGCAUCACCGCCGAGUCCCUGAGCAAGAUCCGCCCUGCCUUUUCCAAGACCGGUUCCAUUCACGCCGGAAACGCCAGCCAGGUCUCUGAUGGCGCCGCCGCCGUGCUGCUCAUGCGCCGCUCAACCGCCGAGAAGCUCGGCCAGACGAUCAUCGGCAAGUACGUCGCCGGCGCCGUCGUCGGUGUCGCUCCCCUGCUCAUGGGCCAGGGCCCGUGGAAGGCCAUUCCCAAGGCCCUGGAAAAGGCCGGCAUCUCCAAGGACGAUGUAGACAUCUACGAGAUCAACGAGGCAUUUGCCAGCCAGUGCUUGUGGUGCGCCAACCAGCUGGGCAUUCCCCACGAGAAGAUCAACCCCAAGGGCGGUGCUAUUGCCUUUGGCCACCCCCUGGGCUGCACUGGCGCUCGCCAGGUUUCUACACUGCUGUAUGAGCUCAAGAGGACGGGUAAGAAGGUUGGCAACACAUCCAUGUGCAUUGGCACUGGUAUGGGCAUGAGCGCCGUUUGGGUUGCCGAGUAAAAUGGAUGAUAAUCAUGGGUGCGGGGUAUAUAUGAGGAUGAAUUUGUACGAAUAGAAAACGAGUCUCUUGUUUGUGUUCUCAUAACAUGCAGAGAACAAUCUAGCAUAGAAAUAUUGGAUACCUGAUAUUAAUU